UCAGGUCAUCCUCAGAACGUAAUGUAUUUUGUCACUCUACAAAUAUUGUCUGGAUCUACGUUGACACCCAUAACCACUUUCCAGGUGACACACAUAUCUUACCCAACCUGCUUGUUGAGGAAUGCAGCACUCCUUCCCUGGCUACGGGAGAUAUAAAGUAUCGCCAGCCACUGAAACAACAGAGCAAUCUCAAAACCAGGUGUGUUUGUGCCAGAUGGAGAAGAACAGCGGUGUUCGACGCUCUGUGACGACAGGGGAGGGGCGUCAGUGGCAGGGUCUGAGGCAGAGAUGGGGCAUGCUGGGAUUGUUUGAGAUCAAACAGGAUCAUGAGUUUUAUGACCUCACCUCUGUGAUGAAAGAAGGCCUGCAUGCUGCUGUACAGCCCAGUGUGGAGAAUCCACCACCUGAGGAACCUUUGAUGGAACAUUUCGAAUCAGAGGAGACUCAAAUCCACAAGGGCUUUGAGAUGCAGACGUUCGCUGGGCCCGUGUUUGCCAGACUGCGUCGUUCCCUGGGGAUGACUGAGGAGGAAUACCAGGCAUCCCUCUCAUCUGACGGCUGCUACCUACAGUUCAUAAGUAACUCCAAAAGCAAGGCGAACUUCUUUCUCACGAACGACAAGAGGUUCUUCUUGAAGACACAAAAUCAUCGAGAAGUGACGUUUCUCCUGUCUAACCUGAAGGCAUACAUGGACCAUUUGGAAAAAUACCCUCAUUCACUGAUGGUUAGGUUCCUUGGAGUCCACAGCCUCCUUAUUCCAAAUCAAACAAAGAAGUACUUCAUUGUGAUGCAGAGUGUGUUCUAUCCCGAUGAGAGGAUUCACACAAGGUAUGACAUCAAGGGUUGUGAGGUAGGCCGGUGGACCAACCAAAACUCUGGUGACAGCCAUGUGAUUACAGUUUUGAAGGACAACAACUUUAAUGGAAAGCACAUCACUUUGGCUGAGCAGAGAUCCUGGCUCAUGGAACAGGUGGAGAUAGACACCAACUUCCUUCGAAGGCUAAAUGUACUUGACUACAGUCUCCUUCUGGCCCAGCAACCUUUACACCAAGACGAGCUGGACGGGAAGCACUCCUUCCCCAACAUCAUAACAUGCGUUGUAAAAUCCAUGGACCAAGGGGACAGUCCUAUUGAGACAGAUCCCUUCACUGUUCCAUUACCGGAGAAGGAUUCAGGCCAAAAAAUAGCAAGGACUGCAGAUGGUGCUUCAGAACAUGAAGACACUACAGAGCAUCAAUGCAUCAACAGAGUCCCUCUUGAGGAGAUAAACCUUCACUCAACAACGUCCAGUCCAGAGUCCGAACUCCAGGAAUUCCAUGCCCAUCACCGCAGGCUGCUGCCCGACUUCAAAAACUCAGUGCAUGUCAUCGAUGGGCCAGAGAUUCGCUAUUUUGUUGGUAUUGUGGACAUUUUCACUGAGUAUAGUUGGAAGAAAAAGAUGGAGAACAUAUGGAAGAGGAUCCGCUACCCUGGCAGGGCUUUCUCCACAGUCAGCCCCAGUGCCUACUGCCAGAGAUUCUGUCAGUGGGUGCAAAACCAAACCAGAUGACAGAGGGGCAAAGUAGACCAUAGUGACAAGUCAGACAAUAGCAGCACAAUACAGAAUAAGAUUUAUAGGAAAGAACAACUUUGUUAAGACUGCAUAGAUAUUUAAAGGACAAGAGAGUAGUAUGCGUUAUAAACGGGCAUUAUGUAUAGGCCACUGUAUAUUUACCAGAAUAAUCCAGUUUAAGUCAAAUGUAUUCAAAUUUGUAGCAGGCCUAAUACAUCUGUAAGGACUGCAAUGUUAUUCAUAUGAACGGUAGAUGGCGUAUUAGCCCUUAUGAAAAUAGAUGAUCUUGGCUCCGUAAUUCAAAAAUAUUUCGACGUUCUACAGUUGUUUUAGUAAAAGUAAUAAUAUGCUUCAUUCAGUUAGUCUAAUUAUUUCGCAUCUUUAGCAUAUCAGUCAAUCCUGUUAAAACAUUUCAAUUCCCCAGUGCUGUACAGGCAACCAUGUAACAAACAUUAUUGUCUUUUUAUAUAUAUGUUGAUAUUUGAGAAAUAAUGAAAUACGCUACGUGCAAGGCAAGUCAUGGCAUGAAUAAAACUGAUUUUAUCCUAUGC